AUGUUAAUGCCGUUUGAUUUGUGUUCGCUGGCUGAGGCCGAUUAUUUAUCGGAGGCUCGACUGGAUGGCUCUGGCUGGCUCGGGCUGACUGGUCCCGGCGGUGGUAUGAAACACCAUACGCUGCAUACAUCACGGCUUAUUGCGCUGCUUUAUCGCUGUCAUCUCGCGCUCGGGUGGCUCGCGUGCGGCUUGCACCAAUUGUCCGGGCUCCGGUGGUCUAAGCGCUGGAUCGCCGUAAACGGUACAUGC